AUGGGUCAGGAGCAAAGUGACUCUGACAAGGAGGUAGAAGUGUCUCAAAUUCAUUCGCUUUACACCAUUUUCAUGAGGGAGUGUCCCAGUGGAGCGCUGCAUCUCCACGAAUUCCGCAGAAUCUUUGGAGUCCAGAGUUCUUCCGAAGAAGAGGCGCUUUUUAUGAAGAUUUUAUUUCAAUCUUUUGACCAGAACAAGGAUGGUAUUAUAGACUUCCUCGAGUUCGUGGCAGCUGUGCAUCUCGUCUUGAGGGGAAAACUGCAGGAUCGGCUCAAGUGGUCUUUCAAAGUGUAUGACAGAGAUGAAAAUGGGAAACUUGACAAGAAUGAAGUUAAAAACAUUAUUAAAAUCAUUUGCAAGCUCAAGAAAAGAAGCAUAAACAUGACACCUGAUGACGUAUGUGACAGAAUAUUUGAGCACGUGGACCAAAACAAAGAUGAUCAGAUUUCAUUGUCCGAGUUUAUGACUGGCGCACAGAGGGAUGCCUGGAUUAUGGAUGUGCUUAAACUCGAUGUGCGUGCCAGCAGCUGGUUCAAAAACAACUGGAGAAAAAAAGAAAUGACGUCAAAGGGUUUGACAGGAAAAUCAAUUGGUCACAGCAGCUCUUGUAAAGAAUGACCUGCAGGAUCCUGAA